AUGGCCGCCGCUGUCGAUGUCACCCCCGUGUCGCGCUCCGUGAGCCGGCCCCGCUGGGGACACGCCCGGCCGGGAGCGCCGGGGAUCCCCGAGGGGAAUCGGGGCUGGAAAUCUCUGCUCGCCCCGCGCUUUGAGGCCGAGGAGGAUCCGGGGGAGCCCCGAGAGGCGCCGGGGCAGCGGCAGCGGCGGAGGCCGCGCGUUCUGUUCUCGCAGGCUCAGGUGCUGGAGCUGGAGCGGCGCUUCCAGCGGCAGAAAUACCUGUCCGGGCCCGAGCGGGAGCAGCUGGCGGCGCUGCUGCAGCUCAGCCCCACGCAGGUGAAGAUCUGGUUCCAGAACCGGCGCUACAAGAGCAAGCGGCAGCGGCAGGAGCGGCGCCCGGCGCCGGCCGUGCCCGCGCUGCCCCCGCGCACGGUGCCGGUGCCGGUGCUGGUGCGGGAUGGCGAACCCUGCCCGGGGGGCUCCCGGCCCUUCCCGGCUCCCUGGGCAAUCCCGGGCCCUUUUUCCUUCAGUUCCUGCCCCGGCGGCGGCGCUUGCGGGGCGGGGUGCGCGUACCCCGCGGUGUCGCCCGGUGCCACCCCCGGCCGUGCCACCCCCGGCCGUGCCACCCCCGGCGGUGCCACCCCCGGCGGUGCCCAGCGCCAGCGCCCGGCCCUGCCCGCGGCAAUCGGCGCCGGGAGCCGGGGCUGA